AUGGAGUCUCGAGAAGAAGAAACAACCCAGACACCACCGGCCGUCGGGGAGAAAACACCCUCCCCUGAUCCCGAGCUGGGACAAGAACAGUCCCAGAGUGGUGACUCGACGAAACCUGACUUCGACCCUCCGCCGGACGGUGGACUUCGGGCCUGGCUUGUGACAGUCGGCGCCGCCUGCAUUACUUUCUCAGCAUUGGGAUUCACCAACGCCUUCGGCGUUUUCGAAGAAUACUAUUUGUCACAUCAAUUGACAGAAAAAUCACCAGACGACAUUGCUUGGAUUGGAUCAAUAGCAGCCUUCCUCCAAUUUGCCGUAGGAGCCGUGGCUGGGCCUGUGUUCGAUCGAUAUGGGAUUUGGAUCCUCCGUCCAGCCAUAGUGACAUUCGUGUUUGCUUUGAUGAUGGUCAGCAUCUGCAAGGAAUAUUGGCAAUUCAUGCUGGCUCAAGGCAUCCUCCUUGGAUUUGCCUUGGGAUUCCUCACUUUCCCACCAUUGGGAGCCUUGUCCCAGUACUUCGAUAAAAAGCGAGGCGCGGCGUUCGGUCUGGCAAUAUCAGGGUCAUCAAUUGGAGGCGUCGUUUUCCCGAUUGCUUUGUCCAAGAUGCUCAACAAUUCUUCCCUCGGGUUCGGCUGGUCAGUGCGCAUCAUGGCAUUUGUGCUGCUCCCAUUGAUGGCAUUUGCUUGCAUAUUUGUCAAACCUCGCCUCCCUCCGCGGACAACGACCUUCUUCAUCUGGAAGGCUUUCAAACAAGCUAAUUUCGCGCUGCUGAUAGCGGCCCUCUUCUUCGUGUUCAUGGGCAUGUGGAUGCCGCUUUUCUACCUGCCAUCAUAUGCUGUUUCACAAGGCAUGGAUCCAACUUUGGCAUCCUACCUCCUGGCAAUCCUCAACGGAGCUUCAACGUUUGGUCGGAUCGUUCCCGGCAUACUCGCAGACAAACUUGGAAGGCUGAACGUGUUUGCAGCAGGCGCCCUCUCGACAGGUGUCUUGAUAUUCUGCCUCACAAAGGCUGAGACUACUGCAGGUUUGGUGGUGUAUGCGGUCUUCGUCGGCUUCGCCUCGGGGACCAUCAUUUCGGGAGCGGCGGCAGCCUUCACCCUUUGUACGGGGAGUCCUCAGGAGGCGGGAACUUACAUGGGUCAAGGUUUGGCCAUAGGAUCACUGGCAUCUUUGAUUGGUCCUCCCGUCAACGGUGCUCUUGUCAAGCACUAUGGAGGAUAUUGGGAGGCGUCAAUCUUCAGUGGUGUCAUGUGUCUGGUCGGUGGUUUCAUUGCAUUUGCCAGCAAGGCUGCAACCUCAAAAGGAAUCAUGGGGAAAGUGUGA